AUGACCGAACAGGAAAAGACAAACAUAGGGGAUGUGAAGAGUCCCGAGGAAAUCAUUAAAAUGUCCGUAAACGACAACUUAAAAUUUGCCCUUUUAAUCGGACUCGUGGAAGUUGGGCAGGUUUCCAAUCGGGAAGUUGUCAAUACACUCCUCCAGCUGAGGCAGAGGUUGCGUUUUCUGCGUCACCGAGUAUAUUUGUUGCCGCAAUUGGGCACAGAAAUUAAGAAGGAAGAGGUCGGGCAAAUUAAGCAAUUAGUCGUCGUAAUCUUAGUGCACAUUAUACGAACAGACGAUGCUGCUUCAGUAUUAUUGUUCCAAACUUAA